AUGAAUACACAAUUGAUGGAGGCUGGCAUACUGGUCGUGUAUCUUUCAUUAGAUAGAUUUCCAACUAUAGCUUCAUUCCAACAUAUCAACCACCAUCACUCAAUGAGUAAAGGCAUCAUUCUCAUAACCGAGUUGGGAUCAACCAAGUACGGCGAUCGGCCGUCGAAAACUUUGUUUAGCCAUAAAACCAACACUAGCCAUCGCCAACAAUCAACUUUGGAGAUGAACACACAGUUCAGUUACGGUAUAGCUAGAGACAACCGUUUUUGUUCUUGA